GUAGUUUUUGACUUUUAUCCACGGUUACGUUCCUAAACUUACUUUCAAACAAGAUGAUGAGCUAUCCGCUUCUUGAGGAGAUUAAGUUGCUGUUGCUUACUAAGCAGGACGAUAUCUUCAAUAUCGCGGAUAAAUUCUGCUUCGGCUAUGCUAAGAGCACUCAGGAACAAUGCAAGCACUUGGUCGUCUCAGAGCGGGAGCAUGCCAUUCACACACUUAAAAACAACUUCAUUGGGCUGAAAGAUGAAGUUCCCGACGAGGUUGGCGAGGCAUUUUAUAAUGAUGUUCAAAAUUUUCUCCUCCACACCCACUGUUGGACACACAAAAAGCUUGUCAUGAAAAACUUCCAGGCGUGGAAGGAGGCCCGGUCACACCAUCCAUCCACCUCCUGGGCUCUUCCAGCUACGCCGAAAGAUUCUCCGGCUUCGAAUUCGGAUUGGGACAAUGCGUAUUCCGAUGCUGAAAACACUGCCGCUGACUCUCCAGACUCAGAGCCGGACGGUAUAUUUGACAUGGUAAGUCCUGCUAGCACCGCUGCAACGACACCGGGUCCCACGCCUCACUUUGAGGAAGCACGGCACGAACAAAUAGCCGGCAAGUAUGACGAUGACGAAUUGGAGCCAAGGUCGCGGCCCGAUACGCCAACGCCAGCUACUGGUUUAAAGAAGGGAGGCAAUUCCUCGUAUCGUGGACUACGACAAGAUGACAGAAUAGAUGACGAAAACGACGGGGCCUCCAAAGAACACAACGAGCUCGCUGGAAUCCUCCGCGAGCACCACGACCUCGGCCCCGAACUUCUCGGUCGCAUCGACCGGCGCUUCAAAUCCGUCAAGAGCAAGAAGUGGCCGCUCAUGGAAGCUAUCGAGAAGCGUUUCACUUCUAUGGACGGCAAAAAGGGCAAGGUAUACGUGUGGACGAACAAGGAUAAUUCGCGGUUUGUCAAGAUCGGAUUCACGCAGCAUGACAGUGAUAAGCGGGCGGCGCAGCCCAAUAACUGCUAUGCGCGGAACACGGUUCGGCACUGGGAGAGCGAGGUACACUUUGUCGGGGCGUACCGCGUUGAGCAAAUCGUGCGUAGGAGCCUGAGCGAGCGCAACAUUUCUCUCAUCAGCUGCGCACUCUGCAAGACGGCCCACAGGGAAUGGUUCGAGAUAGACGCCAAAGAGGCCGUGAUGAUGGUAAUACAGUGGACUAAGUUUGUGAUAGACGCGUACGCCGAUGGGCGCCUGAACGAGCGGGGCCGGCGGUUGAUGGAUCGGCUGUGCAACAUCGAUACUGGUGCGCUGGAGAGGGCGCUUGAGGCCGAGGAUGAUGUCCAAGCAGCGACAGGCAAUGCUAUCCCAGGAGAAUCACAAUCAGAGAGCGAAGUCGAGGGCGAGCCUAAGGGGGCGCCCGCCAUGGCUAAUAAGCUCGUUGAAGUCCCCCAAGCGACAGAGGAAAUCAGCACUACAACGCCUGCAAAUCAAGUCUCUACCCCGGUCUCCUAUCAAUCCUCGGCCAACUCUCCUACUGCGCCCGAUAAACCAGUCUCCGCCCGCGAGCCGGAACUAAGAACUGCUCGAGCCUGGACUCGCCGCCUACCGAGCUGGACCUGGACGGAUGAAGCUGAGCAGCGGACGUGGAGGGGAAUCUUGUCGGAUGGAAAGACGCGCUCAGCUCCGGAGCCCAGCAAACGACUACAAGCAGACAAAUCAGGCGACAGUGAAAGCAAAGCGAGAGUCAAAGACGACGAGGGCGAGGACCCACUCUUUGCAAGCCUGGUUGGACAGUUUUACUCGGCGGAGCUGGGCGAACGCCUGCGCCAUGCGGGCGAUAAGAGUGGCGCGAGAUUGAAGGGGGGGACAAUUCGAAUACUCAAACUGCUGAAGAGUUCACGAUUUCGAUACAAUUGAACCGAAGAGGCCCUAGUUCGCCCAGUACCAUUGGUUUCUCUUCCUCAGGUCCUGAACCAAAGUAGACUAAAGAUUAUGUAACGUUGCAUCGUGUCGCAUUACGCGUGGAGCC